CAAAUCACUCCCUAACACCAUGUCCCGCUCAGCAGUCGCCUCCCUCGCCCGCCCCCUCGCCCGCCAGCCCACAGCCCUCCCCGCAAGACGGUAUGCCAGUCACGGCCCCAGCUACAACCCUCCCUCUGGUUACAUUUUCGGCGAACGUCCGCCAAAAGACGGGAAGCGAGUGAAGGAAUCUUGGGAAAACAUCUACUACGUUGGCAUGUUUGGUGGUAUGGCCUUGAUGGGUAUUGUCUACGCCUAUAAGCCCGACACAAGUAUCCAAACCUGGGCUUUGAAGGAGGCUAGAGAGCGAUUGGAAGCUAGGGGCGAGGAGUACCAAUACAAGCCCAAGACCGCUUAGACGGGUGUGUUGGGUCCCAUGUAUCGUAUUAUACCAGGUUGCCCCCGGAAGAGAACAGAGUGGCAGUGCUGAAGAUUCUCCUUGCCCU